UCCAAAGUCUCCAAGAACAAGGACGUCAAGCGCCCACCCCCCAAAGAAGUCAAAGCCAAAGCCCGCACCGAGCCGUCCCAAUUGAAGAAGAAGCAGAGGCGCGAGUAUACAGAGGACGAGCUUGAUCUGCCGAAGCUGAAUAUGAUCACGCCAGCGGGCGUGGUUAAGCCCAAGGGGAAGAAAAAGGGGAAGAAGUUUGUUGAUGAUGCGGAGGGUAUGAUGACGAUUAUGGCGAUGGUGAACGCGGAUAAGGAGGGACAGAUUGAAUCGAAGAUGAUGAAGGCUCGUCAGCUAGAGGAGAUCCGGCAAGCGAGGAUUAAGGAGACAGAGGCAAGGCAGGCGCAGAAGAAAUCCAAGUUGGUA